AUGCUUGCAAAAAUAGAACAAGAUCCACAAUUCUUCGACAACAUUCUGUGGAGCGAUGAAUCCACUCUUAAAAAAGACGGACACUUCAAUAUACAUAAUCUUCACAGCUGGCAACUCUCGAACCCGCAUCUAAUGCGAGAACAGAGAUCACAAUACCAGUUCAAAAUAAAUUAUUGGACUGGUAUAUUAAACGGAAAAAUCAUUGGUCCAUUCGAACUGACCGGAAACUUAUCUGGACAAAGUUAUUUAAAUUUUCUACAAAAUGACCUGCCAAAUUUAAUGGAAGACGUGCCUGAGGAAGUGAGACAAUUCCACUGGCUACAAAAUGAUGGUUGUCCUGCACAUUAUGCUGCAAACGUCCGUGUGUAUUUAAAUGCCACGUAUCCAAAUAGAUGGAUUGGUCGUUUGGGUCCCAUUUUAUGGCCUCCGCGAUCUCCGGACUUAAAUCCACUAGAUUUUUUUUACUGGGGCUGUCUAAAAGAACAGGUGUACUUCAAACCUAUUUCAAGUUUGGAAGAAUUACGCUGUGGUGUGCAGGAAGCCGCUUCAAUAAUAACUGAACGGCGCUACGCACGACUUCUUAGAAGAGCAUUUAUUAGAAGAUGUCGAGCUUGUAUCAGAGUCGGUGGCAGACAAUUCGAACACCUUUUAUAA